CGUCAUCGACGAUCGACUACAAUACAUGGAAGUCAAUGCAGGGAUGAUUGUAGAAAACAUAGGAGCGUGAUUUCUUCGAGAUGGCAGACUUUUUCAAGUCUGCGUUGGGUUAUAUCAGUGGCAGCGGUACUGGAGGAACUGACAAUGAUUUUGUUGGUCAACAAGUUGAACUGGGAGACCAGAAACUACGAGUGAGGCGUGUGAUCGCAGAAGGUGGGUUUGCCUUUGUGUUUGUGGCACAAGAUAUAGCAACAGGAAAGGACUACGCUCUGAAGAGACUACUGGCCAAUGAUGAGGAGAAGAACAAAGCAGUGAUGCAGGAGGUCCGAUUCCUUAAAAAAUUAUCCGGACACCCUAACAUCAUCCAGUUUAUUGCUGCAGCUUCUAUUGACAAAGGAAGCUCUGGUCAUGGACAGGCUGAAUACCUUCUCCUGACGGAACUCUGUAGUGGGGGCCAGCUGGUGGACGUUCUGAAUCAGCGGUCGACCCCCCUCGGGUGUGACGAAGUGUUGCAGGCCUUCUAUCAGACAUGUCGUGCCACCCAGCACAUGCACCGUCAGUCCCCACCCAUCAUACACCGGGACCUCAAGGUUGAAAACCUACUGUUAAGCAGUCAAUGCAGUGUAAAGUUGUGUGACUUUGGAAGUGCUACCACGGUAACACAUAACCCUGACAACUCCUGGUCUGCCAUAAAGCGAAGUCUGGUGGAGGAUGAGAUAACUAAGAACACCACUCCCAUGUACCGAGCCCCCGAGAUGCUGGACUUGUACCAGAACUUCCGUAUCGGAGAGCCUGGGGACAUCUGGGCACUAGGAUGUGUGCUGUAUAUAUUGUGUUACAAUGUUCAUCCAUUUGAGGACUCAGCCAAGCUCAGGAUCAUCAAUGCAAACUACACAAUUCCUGAGUCUGACACCACCUACACUGUCUUCCACGACCUCCUCAGGUCUUUGCUGAAGGUCGACCCAGACCACCGGCCGGAUAUCAAUGCAGUGGUGGACCAAUUACAGCAGAUUGCUGCAGCAAGAAAUGUCAACCUCAAGGAAAAGCUCAAGCUUGCCAGCGAUAUGGAUCUUAAUGUCAUGGAAGAUAACGAAGUACAUAUGCAGCGUGAAAGCAGUGUACCUCAGCCACCCAGCGGUGGUUCAGAAUCCAGCAGCUCUGGUCAACAAUCUACUGCCAAUAUGCUGUUCAGCUCCAUUCGAGGUGGAGCAGGCAAUCUGAUGAAGAACAUUAAAGAUGCUUCCUCUAAAGUCAUGGAAACAGUAUCAGCAACGAUGAACAAAUCUGAUCUAGAUAUCAGUGCUAUAACAACAAGAGUCUUAGUAAUGUCGUUUCCAGCAGAGGGAGUCGAGUCAGCAUUUAAAAAUCAUAUAGACGAUAUGAGGAGUUACCUAGAAUACAAAUACAGAAACGGUUAUGCUGUCUACAACUUAUCUCAACGAACAUAUAAAGUGGCAAAGUUUGAAAAUAGGGUAUCGGAAUGUGGCUGGGCCGCCAGGAAGGCUCCCACUCUAGCCAGUUUGUUUGCCAUAUGUAAAAAUAUGCAUCUAUGGCUGCGACAGAAUCCAAAGAAUGUCUGUGUUCUCCACUGUCUUGAUGGCAAGGCAUCCUCAGCCACAGUAGUCGGUGCGUUCCUUGUGUUUUCACGGCUGUUUGAAUCCAGUCAACAGGCCAUGCACAUGUUUUCCUCACGACGAUCUGCUCCAGGAGCCUCGCCAGCACAGAGGAGGUAUAUUGAGUACAUAUCGGAGAUCGUUGGAGAUCCACCCACUCUCCCACACAACAAAGCUGUUAUGUUCAAGUCUUUGUCAAUGUCACCAGUGCCACUCUUCAGUAAAAUGAGAAAUGGUUGUCGACCAUUUGUGGAGAUCUAUGCGGGUGAAGAUCGGAUCCUGACAACGUCCCAGGAAUAUGAAAAGAUGCGAGGAUUUGUGAUUGAGGAUGGUAGGGCAACCAUUCCUCUCAAUAUCUCGGCAGUGGGUGAUGUCACCAUUGUGGCCUAUCAUGCAAGGUCAACAUUUGGGGGCAAAGUUCAGGGCAAGAUAACAUCAAUGAAAAUGUUUCAAAUACAGCUACACACAGGAAUGGUGAAACCCGGAACUUCAAACCUUAAGUUUACACAAUUUGACCUUGAUCAGUUGGACUCUGCAGACAAAUACCCAGAGAUGUUCUGUGUGAUGAUGGAUGUCGCCGUGGCAACCAAUGAGAGACCACGUACAGAUCCCAGUUAUCCGUGGGAAAAGUUUGACUCCUCAAAACUUAGUCCAAAAAUCUUAUUUUCAUCAAAGGAGGAAUUGCAUCAGACGUGCUCAGAUUUUGGUGUAUCAAAUCGUGCCAAAAUGCGCCUCACUAGAUCAUCAAGUCAGAGUUCCUCGAGUGAGACAGACAGCCCGGUUCAUAUGCCCCACACACCAGACAGACAGGCCAAACAGCAGGACCAGCCAACAGAGGUCCAGGAAAAACCUGUUGAAUUGUCUGGCAAAAACUUUUUUGCUUCACUGCACUGGCAGGGUGAAACAGGUGAGCAAGGUCCUCAGGAUGAUUCAAAGCCCAAGAACUUGUUUGACAUGGAGUCUGAACAGAAUCUGCUGGAUGGUGACAGUGAGGACGAUGAUGACUUUGCUUCACUAUCGUAUCAUAGAAAGUCACAAGACAAAAAUAUAGAUGGACCCAGUGAGCAGGGAUCACAACAAAAUGGAAAGACAGUACAUGCAGAUCUGUUGAAUAUCAACAGCUCGCCGGCACAUGUACAGCGUGAUAUAGACUUAUUAAACAUAAAUGAACCUAGUAAUUUGGAUCUUCUUGGGGGCAGUGAUUCCAAGGGGUCAUCGUUUGAACCUUUUAGCAAUGCAAGCACAGUAGAUAGUAGUGAUACCUUUGACCUGUUCCAGAAUCUAGGCUCAUCGAAACCUUCACAGAGUAAUAACCAGGCAAAGGACACAAAGGACACCUUUGACCCAUUCCAGAAUUUGUCAUCAACAGCUCCAAGUCAAUCUCAGAGCCAAUCUAACAACAUUUUUGAUCCAUUCGAGAAACUUGCUUCUUCUCAAAGUGAAAAAGAGGAAAGUAAAUCACAGCCUUCAACCAAUCAGAAUGGAGGAUUUGGUGCGUUUGAUUUGUUGGGAAACACAGACUCUAGUAGUAGUAACACAUUUGAUCCCUUUAGUCAAGUGCAGUCAGAACCAGCCACCAAACAUAAAGAAAAGGACGAGUUCUUAGACUUUAUGGAAAGUAAGACAGACGCCACAAAUGACGACGAGCCAAACUUAAUGGGUAACUGGUCAACACCUAUUAUCAACAUUCCAGGGGCUGGCGCUUCUAAUUCUACUGCAAAUUUGACAAAGAGUAACUCGGCAUCAAAUUUCCAGCAACAGUACCAAGGAACAAACAUUCCACGCAACAACAGUGGCACAUUCAAGGGCGGACAGUCUGCUAUGGGAGGGGGAGGAAUGUCUGCUAUGGGAGGGGGAAAACCUACCCCAGGCUUUGGUAGCACUGGUAACCUUGGUCAACAACAGAAGGCAGAUCCAUUUGCAGAUUUUGGGAGUUUUGGGGGUAAGGCCAAGGGUCCCACCCUGACAGGAGCCAAGCUUACCACAGCCCCUCAGUCCUCGCAGCAGCCUGCUUUCAACAGUGGGGGGGCAUGGCAGCAACAACAGCAACCUCGUAGUUCUCCCCAAGGAUCGCCCAAACCCCAGCGACCAGCAGCAGCGCCUACCCAACCAGCCAAACCAAACUACAAUGUGGGGUACAGUAGUGUGAUGGGUGGCCGGGAGGAGAGAGGAACCAGGAAACCAUUUUUAGGUACCAAGCCCAAAUUAGGAGCUGAUACAUUUGGAGAUUUACUUGGAGGACACCAGUUCACUAGCGCCAAGGCAGGCGAGCCUCAGUCCCUAGCAGAAAUGAAGAGAAAGGAGUUAGAGGAGGAGAUGGACCCAGACAAACUCCGAAUCCUGGACUGGAUCCGAGGGAAGGAACGGAAUAUCCGGGCUUUGUUGUGUUCACUUGACAAGGUCCUGUGGGAGGAGGAAAAACGCUGGAAGGGUGUCGGCAUGGCUGAGCUUGUGACUGCUGACCAGGUGAAAAAGGCUUACAAGAAGGCAGUGUUGUGUGUCCACCCAGACAAGCUGGCAUCAUCACCAUAUGAAGAUGUUGCAAAAUUGAUAUUUAUGGAACUGAAUGAUGCCUGGGCACAAUUUGAAGAGGAAGGCAUGAAAGCACUUUACUAGGUCCUAUAAACUUGUUCCUAUACUGUUAUAUCCAGCAUAUAAAGCACCUUUAAUAGUGAGACAGAUUUCUCUGUUGUGUUGUGCAAGAUAUUUUCUGAAGUAGACAUUUGUAUGUUUCAUCACUAUACAAACACCUGAACAAGACACAUUGUUGACGUGUGUGGUUGCAAAUAUAUGCAAUACCGUACUGAGUAGAUAGUAUGUAAUAUCAUUUACUAGAUAUUUUUAUUACCAUAAAAAUGAAUGAUCAUCUCGUCUGUUUUUGUUGCUAUUUUACCAAAAAUAACAUUUCUUUUUGUCCAUUAUUUUUGUUUUUUUGUUCAGAUUGUUUUAAAGUUGUGAUGUGUAUUAUUUUACUGUUACUUACCUGUUAGAAAAGGAAAAUGAUAAUAGAAACACAGUGACACUGAAAUAUUAACAUGUGAAUGUGCAAUUACCGGUAAGGUUAUAAUGAUCCACAUGAAUCUGUGUUUGAUUAUUGUAUUUUCAUUUAAUAAAAUGUAUUUAU